AUGUUUCUUCUGACUUCAGUCUUGGUAGGAGUUGUCUGCCUUUUGAUGGUGUGGAUCUUUAAAAGUGCUGAUGGAGGCACCCAGAGAAGGAAGGGGGAGCCUAGAGCCAGGGCCGAGGCUCGCCCCUGGGUGGGUGAAGACUUGAAAGACAGCACUGAAGUCCACCAGGUGGAAGAAGACGCUGACGAAUGGCAAGUGUCAGAGGAAGAGGUGGAACACAUCCCAUUCUCCCACACCCGGUAUCCUGAGAAGGAAAUGCUUAAGAGAUCCCAGGAAUUUUAUGAACUUCUCAAUAAGAGACGGUCUGUUAGAUUCAUAAGUAAUGAGCAAGUCCCAGUGGAAGUGAUUGAUAAUGUCAUCAAAGCAGCAGGAACAGCCCCAAGUGGGGCCCACACAGAGCCCUGGACCUUUGUGGUUGUGAAGGACCCGGACGUGAAGCAUAAGAUUCGGGAGAUCAUUGAGGAGGAAGAGGAAAUAAACUACUUGAAGAGGAUGGGACCUCAAUGGGUUUCAGACCUGAAGAAACUGAGGACCAACUGGAUUAAGGAGUACUUGGACACAGCCCCUGUUUUGAUUCUCAUUUUCAAACAAGUACACGGUUUUGCUGCAAAUGGCAAGAAAAAGACCCACUACUACAAUGAGAUCAGUGUUUCCAUCGCUUGUGGCAUCCUCCUAGCUGCCCUGCAGAACGCGGGACUGGUGACUGUCACGACCACUCCUCUCAACUGUGGCCCCCGUCUGAGGGUGCUCCUGAACCGCCCCGCAAAUGAAAAGCUGCUGGUACUGCUCCCUGUGGGGUACCCCAGCAAAGAGGCCACGGUGCCUGACCUCGCACGGAAGCCUCUGGAUCAGAUCAUGGUGACUGUGUAGGCAGGGCACAGGCAGGGACCUGCUGGGAGGUGAUGCCCCCCACUCCUUUCUCCUGUUCCUU